CAUUCACUACAACUACACAAUGAACAGUUCACCUAUCCAAGAAAUCAAAUGCCAUCCUCAUCUUGGUCUCAUCCGGUGCUCCUUCUCCUCAGGAUUGCAUAUCUCUGCUAAAAGGAACCUGUAAAUCAUGCUCAUUCGCUCUCAACCCUCAUAGAUCUGAAGGCCUCUCCUCAUCAAAGACAUCUCGGCACUAGAACCUAUCCAGCGACGUGAAACUUAUUUUGAAUGACUUUCACUCAGACUAUAGACAUCGUCUGCAUGUUGUCUCUCAAUCUUCCACCCCUGAUGAACGAUGCAACUCCAACUCUUGAUGUUCUUCAUUCGCUGCCUCAAGAAUCCCAAUACUUCAAAUGCCUUUUGUAUGCUCUCCUAUAUAGCUAUGUCCAUUUUUCUAAAGGAAUCACUGCGCAUCAAAAACUAACACAUUCACUAUCAAAGUCUAACGCGCUUGCUCACCACGACACUGGAACUCUCUCCCGCCAAUCAAUCUUGACCUUUCCAUUCCCA